AUGGGCAUCAAAGAUGAUUUCAUAUUUACACAGGACAAUGAUUCCAAACAUACUGCAAAAAAAGUUAAGGCUUGGUUGUCGAACAAUAUAACUGAAUAUCUUGUGACGCCACCACUUUAUUGAUGGAAUUAUGAACCAAUAUAUUUAUUUAAAUAUUUUGAAGACAAAUCUUGCAGCUAGUGCCGAAAAAAAGGGCAUCAAAGAUGAUUUCAUAUUUACACAGGACAAUGAUCUCAAGCAUACUGCAAAAAAAGUUAAGGCUUGGUUGUCGAACAAUAUAACUGAAUAUCUUGUGACGCCACCACAGUCUCCAGACAUUAAUCCUAUUGAGAAUUUGUGGGAUUAUUUGGACAGAAAAAUUCGAGAUUACAAUAUUUCAAGUAAGGAAACUCUAAAAAAAACUCUAGAAGAGGAAUGGAAUAAAAUUACAGCAGAAACAACACGUCAUCUGGUUUAUUCAAUGUCUAAAAGGUUGGAGGCUAUAAUAAGGUUCAAAGGCUACCCUACAAAGUACUAA